CUACACUCGUCGACCUUGGAUCAUUUUCAAAGGCUCCUGUUGAACUUGAUGGGACCAAGUCUUGCCAUCUCAUCUGCGACUGGCGUGUCACAACUUACAUACAUACCGAAAAUGCCCGACACCAUGGGCGAUCCCAGCGAGCCCUGGAACGAUUCAUCUUCCAUUGAGACACGACCUGAGACAUUCCGUUCAAGCCUUGUCACACCUUAUUCGUUCCGAGAGAUGCCGUACGACGUGUCGCUCAAGACACUGGAUGGCUUGUUACUAGAUGACGGCGAUAUGGAGGCGAGUCCGCUUCAAGUACCACCUCAACCUAUCGGCAGUCGUCACCACCAUUAUCAACAACCUCAGAAGGGGGCGCCGUCUGAGAGCGAAUACAGUAUGGGCACGUCAUACCGUACUACAGCCACUUGGAUGACGGUAACAGGACCAAACGGAACAGGCUUAGGCGAAAGAUCAUGCGAUCCGGUUGGAGAGACGACCUACGCGCCGGCAUCUACAUCUAGACGUGGCUCGUUCGGGACCUGGAACUCCAUGUCGAGCUUUUAUACUGCUGAAGAUGGUAAAGACGUGGUGUCUGUGAGGUCAAGAGUGUCCGCGAGGGGAACUGUGUUGAAUCUGGGGAAGUCGGACGAUAAGGAUGACUCCGACGUACGAUCAAUGUUCUCCUUGGAGACCGUGCAGCAGGUCAACAGCUGCGAUCAAUUGACACAAAAUCCUUAUAUAGAGAAGCGAGGAGGCGAAGGAUCAAUCUCACUCAAGGCAUUCAAAUCUGCAUCCCCGGAUGAUGCUCCCGAUUCCACUUCGUCCUGCAGAUAUGACGGCAGCCCGAGCGAUACCUCGUCCAGUCUUUUCGCCCCAUCGCCAGGGCCUUACCUCUUCAACUCUAGUCUCUUCCGCAAACCGUUUCAGUAUCCCGCCAAACCAACUACAACAGUCUCGAGAACGUCGACAGACAUGGAUGAAACCGAUGAAACUCCCUUACCGUCCAUCGUCAUUGUCCAUCAUGGUUCCAGAUCGGACCUGGUGGAGGAGCUUGAUCUGCCAAUCACAGGACACACUUUACCGGAACGGGAUUCUUCUCUUGGAUCAGCGACACAGUCGUCGUCUGGAAGCGCCUGGAUAACUGUAUUCAUGGAUCCUAUACGGAUCGGGCUAUGGGACCUUUUCGGACCAAGUUGGAACUUGUUGAAGGAGUAUCGGACGAUCUUAAGCACUUCAGAAUCAUAUCCAUAUUCCGAUUCAGAUUCAGGCUCCAGCCACAGGGCCAGUGGUCUGGGGCCCCAGCCCUUACGCAUGGAGAUGUAUCGAGUCUAUCCUGAGAAUGAGGAGAUCCCUGACGUCUCCCUUGCGUCGGAGAAUGAGAAUCUCGUUAUGGGCUCAACUCUCCGACUCGCAGCUCCUCGGAGUAUACCGCGAUUCGACCGAUACUGGAAACUCGGGGAUACUCCAUCAAACGGCCAAACUCGAGGUCUGUUCUCGUCGUAAAUGGUAGUCAGAAGCCAUAGGAUGCCAUUGCGGACCUCGACCCAACAUCUCCUACAAGGCGAAGCUGUACCAGAGCCUGCGGCAAGACACUUCAACCUUGGGUCUGGGAGUGCCACCAAGGUCUUUCCAUGGGCGAGAGACUCUUGCGAGUCGGCCGAGCCAUAUAGCUGCUCUGGGCUGCCAACGCAGCUUACAGUAU